CAUUUCAUUUUCACAAAUAACGGAAACUCUUCAAGAAAAUAUUAUCAAACUCUUCAAGAAAGGAAAAGUGAAAUUCUAGGUUUCAGAAAUUUCAGUUCCAAUUUCAAUUUUCGUUUUUCUCAGAUCCGAUUUCCAAUUUUUCCCACUCAAUCUCAUUUUCCACGCGAAUGAAACUCAAAGAAAACCUCGCCAUUUCCAAUUUUCCAAUUUUCACUUCGUGAUUUCCGUUUCCUAAGUGAAUGAAAGAAACGACAAUGUUGCGUUUGGAGCAGGAAAAGAUCCGCAAACGAAUUUGAUUCCCAAUUCGUUCUUCGAAUUUUUGAUUGCCAUGGCCGACGCUCUCUCGGUGAUUCCGGCCGCCGUGCUUCGCAACCUUGCCGACAAGCUCUACGAGAAGCGCAAGAAUGCUGCACUUGAGGUUGAGGGGAUAGUGAAGCAGCUUGCUGGUGCUGGGGAUCAUGAUAGGAUAACUGCUGUGAUCACUUUGUUGACUACGGAAUUUACUUAUUCGCCACAAGCAAAUCAUCGCAAGGGAGGGUUGAUAAGCUUAGCUGCUGCUACUGUUGGGUUGACUACUGAAGCUGCUCAGCAUCUUGAGCAAAUUGUACCACCUGUAUUAAAUUCUUUUGCCGAUCAAGAUAGCAGAGUUCGUUAUUAUGCUUGUGAAGCAUUAUACAACAUAGCAAAGGUUGUGAGAGGAGAUUUUAUUAUAUUCUUCAACCAGAUAUUUGAUGCCUUAUGCAAGCUUUCUGCAGACUCAGAUGCCAAUGUACAAAGUGCUGCUCAUCUCUUAGAUCGACUUGUUAAGGAUAUUGUGACUGAAAGUGAUCAGUUCAGUAUUGAAGAAUUUAUACCAUUGUUGAGGGAGCGCAUGAAUGUACUGAAUCCAUAUGUCCGUCAGUUUUUGGUAGGAUGGAUUACUGUAUUGGACAGUGUCCCAGAUAUUGACAUGCUUGGUUUUCUUCCUGAUUUUCUUGAUGGUUUGUUUAAUAUGUUGAGCGAUUCAAGUCAUGAAAUACGUCAACAAGCUGAUUCAGCUCUUUCUGAGUUUCUUCAAGAGAUUAAGAAUUCACCAUCUGUAGAUUAUGGUCGAAUGGCUGAAAUACUGGUACAAAGGGCAGGUUCUCCAGAUGAAUUUACUAGGUUAACAGCUAUCACAUGGAUAAAUGAGUUUGUCAAACUUGGUGGAGAUCAGCUUGUUCCAUAUUAUGCUGACAUUCUUGGAGCUGUUUUGCCUUGCAUAUCUGAUAAAGAAGAGAAAAUUAGAGUGGUUGCUCGUGAAACCAAUGAAGAGUUACGUGCAAUCAAGGCCGAUCCAGCUGAAGCAUUUGAUGUAGGAGCAAUCCUCUCCAUUGCUAGGAGGCAACUAUCUAGUGAAUGGGAGGCUACUCGUAUUGAAGCUUUGCACUGGAUAUCAACCCUUUUAUCCAGACAUCGUAGUGAGGUUUUGACAUUUCUGAAUGACAUAUUUGAAACCCUACUCAAAGCACUUUCAGAUUCAUCUGAUGAGGUUGUGCUUCUAGUUCUUGAUGUUCAUGCAUGCAUUGCAAGAGAUCCCCACCACUUCCGGCAGCUUGUUGUUUUUCUAGUGCACAAUUUCCGACUAGAUAAUUCUCUUUUGGAGAAGCGUGGUGCUUUGAUAGUCCGUCGCCUUUGUGUUCUUUUGAAUGCUGAGAGAGUCUACCGUGAACUUUCUACAAUAUUAGAAAGAGAAUCUGACUUUGAUUUUGCGUCAAUUAUGGUUCAGGCUCUGAAUUUGAUCUUACUUACAUCAUCAGAAUUAUCUGAGAUUCGAGAUCUUUUGAAGCAAUCACUGGUAAAUCCUGCUGGGAAGGACUUGUAUGUUUCUCUGUAUGCCUCUUGGUGUCAUUCUCCUAUGGCAAUUAUAAGUCUUUGCUUUUUGGCUCAGACUUACCAACAUGCCAGUGCUGUGAUUCAAUCAAUGGAGGAGGAGGAUAUUAAUGUCAAAUUUUUGGUCCAACUGGAUAAAUUGAUUCGCUUGAUGGAAACUCCAAUCUUUGCUUAUCUUCGAUUGCAGCUUCUUGAACCUGGAAGAUAUAUUUGGCUAUUCAAGGCAUUGUAUGGUCUUCUGAUGUUGCUUCCUCAGCAAAGUGCCGCCUUUAAGAUACUAAAAACUCGUUUAAAAGCUGUGCCAUUGUAUUCAUUCAAUGGAGAGCAGUUGAAAAGAAUGCCUUCAGGGGAUUCCUACCAAUUUCGUAACGUGCCGGAUGGAUUUCGAACCAUUGAGGAUGGUGACGUAGCCAAAGAUGGUGGUAGCUCACGCAAUGGAAUAAAUUUUGCUGCUAGGCUACAACAGUUUCAGCAAAUGCAGCAUCAGCAUCGGGUGCUUACCAAAACACAGGCAAAGUUGCGCAAUAUGUCCACUUCAUUGUCAAAGCAUUACAUGCAGGAGCCACAAAGAGAGGAAGAACCAAGAAAACCUCAGUCUAUUGAAGUUAAUGUUCCUCCUUCAAGAUCAUCAUCAAAGAGAGGUCCAGGGCAGCUACAAUUAUAAUUUUAUAUUGCUUCUGCCCAUGGGGUCUAAGUUAAAGUAUGUCAACUUUGAAAGGGUCGGUAUGAUUUGUAAAAUUGUAAAUCAUAGUAGCUCGUAUUAUUCCACUUGUUAUAGAAGUUGGGAUGGCAAAAAUUGGGUUUUUGAAUCAAGAUAAGUUUGGGCUUUUCCUAGGCUAUUCUUUUGACUUUGUACAACGUGAUUCCCACGUGGUUAUGUUAUUUUUUAUUUAUUAAAAACCAUGUGGGCUAGAGGGAGAUAUUUGAUUUAGUAAAAUGUCUUUUGUCUACCUGUUAAUCAUAUACUGCCAUAUGAAAAUAUAAGGAAUUAGCUACUUUCACGAAGAAA